UAUUUUACUUUUUAUAGUACAAACGUCUGGAGUAGGACAAAAGACGGCGUGAGACUCUGAACAGGGGCUCGGCGUUUGAGCCGCCAUACGCCCCUAGAUGAAGUUUACUUAUACUGCGUUCCGAAUGGAAUAAAUGAAGGCCUCAUCAAUGAUUCAAUUUGAAGGGCACUUUGAAGGGAGAACAGUCAUGGAAGCUAAGCAGUAGGGUUGUUCCAAACAGAAUUUACAAUAAAAAAAACCUUUCAGCCCUCCGAAAAUCUCACAUACUCAUUAGAGGUCUUCGAAGGGAAUAGGGUAUAGGGACAAUCACUUCUGAAUAAGACGCAUCAAGAGGCUGAGAAGGAUCGAAACUGCCUCCAAACGACUACAUGACGCACGGUUGGUUCUGAUUGGUUGAUUUUGCGGAGGGUGAAUCAUGGCGGAAUCCGAGAAUGGCAGCGCUGCAAAAAGACUCAAAACACACGAGACCGGCGAUACUGAACAAAAACACACCGACAAUGAGCAGCACAGCGACGGCGAUGAGAUCUCAUCCGAUAGUCCGGUAUCGGGCUUCGAAAUCACCCGCAUUUUGCGCGAGUCUGCGCGGGAAAAAAAUAUCUUUGUUCAUGGAAAGGUGAAGGACCAGGAUGCAGUUGUGAUCCUGGAGAAAAGUCCUAUUAGACAGGACACACUGCCUGAGUUAUUAAAGAGCAGUACAUUGAAGUUGGAGAUGAGGAAUGAUGUGUACAGCACAUAUAAGCUACAGGCACCAGCUCACCUUAAUGAAAUCAAGACAACAGUGGUGUGCCCUGCAACAGAGAAGCAUAUUAAGAAAUAUUUGCGUCAGGAGAUUUUUCUGGUCGAAGAAUCGGGGGAGGAUUAUCGUCAACUCACACUGCCGUACAUCAGCGGCCAGAGCUUCAGUGUGCAGUGGGUGCACAAUAUCUUGGACAAGAAAGCUGAAGCCGACCGGAUUAUUUUCGAAGAUCCAGACCCCAAUACUGGUUUUGUCUUGUUACCGGAUUUCAAGUGGGACCAAAAGCAGCCAGAAGACUUAUACUUGAUUGCGAUUGUCCACCGGAGGGACAUUAAAAGUUUGAGGGAUCUUACAUCAGAGCACCUGCCAUUACUGAAAAACAUCCGCAGCAAAGGAGAGUACACCAUUAAGCAGCAAUAUGGCAUCCCUCCCAGCAAACUGCGCAUAUAUCUGCACUAUCAGCCGUCAUACUAUCAUCUCCAUGUUCAUUUCACCUCACUGGACUACGAGGCUCCUGGCUGUGGGGUGGAAAGGGCCCACCUGCUUUCAGACGUCAUUCAAAACUUACAGGCAGAUGCCAGGUACUAUCAUAACCGCAGCCUGACUUUCCCUCUGCGAGCCGAUGACGGUUUGCUCAUCAGAUUCAAAGAGGCUGGAAAGCUCUAGAAACCAGUGACCUCUGAGGGCCUGACCUGUUUUUGAAUUUUUUGUGGUAACAUUGUUUUUUUACUAGUUUUGAAAAACCCUUUGGUUAAAGGCCACUGCUAGCCAUUUUAAACAAGAAAAACCUAUUUACAUCAUCCGCUCAGUGAAAUAAGAUUUUCUUAAUGUCUUUAACCUUGUUUUUUUAUUAUUCAAAAAUACUUAAGAAAUGUGUAUAGUGUACUGUUUAUUUUUUAUUUUUAUUGAAAUUUUGAAAUCAUCUUUUGGAACCAAACCUAAUGAAAUGAAGUAAGAGUCUGAUACGAAACAAUUAAGAUUUACUGCAUGAACAAUUUCUAACAGGAGUGCUGUUGGAUAUUGUGUAAAGUUUAUCAGAAUAUGUGUUGUAUUAGAAUACAGAACAGCUAAACUCCUGAAAGAUAGAUUUUUUUUUAAGAUUGCCUACAAAGGUAUUUUAUCCUGUUGUGAUUGCAAACCUCAUAAUCCUAUUGGGAGCAAUGUGUUAGUAAAGAUCUAGUUGUUGCUUUGUUCUCUAUUUGUUGUUUUAGGUAACUGUAAUCGUAUGAGAAAAUCCCCAUUAAAAGCCUUUGAAAUUAUA